AUGGGACCGUUGCUGGAAAUUGCCUGUUUCAAUGAAGAGUCGGCAGUCAAUGCUGCUAAUGCGGGUGCCGAUAGGAUCGAGCUAUGCCAAGAUUACCAUGCUGGUGGACUCUCACCUCAUCCUGCGGUCCUGCAAGCGGUGAAGACUCGGGUGUCAAUCCCUGUCUACGUGAUGAUUCGGCCGCAUUCCAAGGACUUUUGUUACGAUUCUGAGGAUUUCGAAACCAUGAAAGCUACCCUCCAGCUUAUGAACAGCCUUGGGGCGGAUGGUUUUGUUUUUGGAAUUCUUCACCAGGCACCAGAUCACAGAAGUGCCGACCGGACCUCCUGGAUUGAUAUCGCCAGGAAUAAGGAGCUCGUACAAUUAGCAGAUGGAAAACCCUGUACCUUUCAUCGUGCAUUCGAUUGUAUCCCGGAGUCCGACUGGAAUUCUGUCCUAGAGGACAUAAUAGAAUGUGGCUUUGCUGCAAUUCUCACCAGUGGCGGUCCUUCCAGCCUGAACGCUGUUGACUGCAUGGAUGGGUUAGCUGAUCUUGUGAAUCGCCUCAGCCUUGAUUCUCAGGCGGGCCGCCGUGCCCUGGAAGUGAUCGUUGGUGGAGGCCGAGAUUGUUUCUAUAACCCAAGUUCAAGAUCUAAAACGUUCUCUGGAGUCUUGAACCGGCGACCAAUCCGGAAACUAGCAGCAGGCCUUACGGCUCGGCAAGGCGGCCGCCACGAGAACCCUGACGCGGUCAUCCGCACGGUGACAACUGUACAAGUUGUUCACGUGGGCAUCGGAUCGUGGAAGACAUGGAUCUAG